AUGCGACCGGAACGGCCAUUGCUGCCGCCGUCCACUCCGUCCCUGCCACCUCUGCCGCCGUCGCAACAGGCAGAUGAAGCGGCGGGAGCAGCAGCCAUGGACGACGUGCCCGCCCGGCUGCCGGACCCGGUGCCGUCACCGAUAUUGAGGCACUCGCCCGCGAACUCGGUCAGGCGGACGCGAUCGCUGCGUUCGCUCUUGGCCGACUCGCCGUCGGUCACCUUCGCGGCCAACCUCAGGUCGGGGUCCAACGCGUCCUCGUUGGAGAACUUCCAGUUCCAGCGCUCCGGUUCCAGGUCCGCGUCCGGGACCCCCGCGGGCCUCGGGCGGGUGUCCACCCGGCGGUCCGCGUCCGAGCGCGCCGGCUCGCAGCGCGACCUCCGCGACGAGGACGCCCGGUUCGUGUACAUCAACGACGCGGACCGCACCAACGCGCCGCCGGCCGGGCUCCCCGACAACUCCAUCCACACCACCAAGUACUCCGUCCUCACCUUCCUCCCGCGCAACCUCUACGAGCAGUUCCACCGGGUGGCCUAUCUAUACUUCCUCGUCCUGGUGGCGCUCAACAUGGUGCCGCAGCUCGGCGUGCUCACGCCGGCCGCGUCCGUCCUGCCGCUGGCGUUCGUUCUCAGCGUGACGGCGGUGAAGGACGCGUACGAGGACUGGCGGCGGCACCGGUCCGACAAGAACGAGAACAACCGGGAGGCCUCGGUUCUGGUGGGCGGCGUGUUCCGGCCGAAGCGGUGGAAGGAGAUUCAGGUGGGCGAGGUACUGCGCGUGGCGGCCAAUGAGACGCUGCCGUGCGACAUGGUGCUGCUGUCGACGAGCGACCCCACGGGGGUGGCCUACGUGCAGACCAUCAACCUCGACGGCGAGUCCAACCUCAAGACACGGUACGCCAAGCAGGAGACCAUGCCCACGCCGCCGGAGGCGCUCGCGGGGGUCAUCAAGUGCGAGCGGCCCAACCGCAACAUCUACGGCUUCCUCGCCACGGUCGACCUCGACGGCCGUCGCGCCGUCUCACUCGGCCCCUCCAACAUCGUGCUCCGGGGCUGCGAGCUCAAGAACACGGCCUGGGCCGUCGGCGUCGCCGUGUACACCGGCCGGGACACCAAGGUCAUGCUCAACAGCUCCGGCGCGCCGUCCAAGCGCAGCCACCUCGAGACGCACAUGAACCGCGAGACCAUCAUGCUCGCCGUCGUCCUGUUCCUCCUCUGCUUCAUCGUGGCGCUCCUGGCGGGCAUCUGGCUCGGCGAUCACAGCGACGAUCUCGCCGUGAUCCCGUUCUUCCGCAAGAGGGACUUCUCGUCCAGGGACGACCCGGACGCCAAGUACAACUGGUACGGGAUGGGCGCGGAGGUCGCGUUCACGUUCAUGAAGUCGGUGAUCCAGUUCCAGGUGAUGAUCCCCAUCGCGCUCUACAUCUCCAUGGAGAUCGUGAGGGUCGGGCAGGCCUUCUUCAUGGUGCAGGACCGCCACAUGCUCGACGAGAAGCGGCAGGCGAAGUUCCAGUGCCGCGCGCUCAACAUCAACGAGGACCUGGGCCAGAUCAAGUACGUGUUCUCCGACAAGACCGGCACGCUCACCGAGAACCGGAUGGAGUUCCGGUGCGCCAGCGUGCACGGCGCCGACUUCAGCGCCACCGACGGCGGCGACGGCAUCGUCGGCGACGAGCAUUCCGUGAUCGGCGAGGACGGCAUGAUCCUGCGGACGAAGACGGCGGUCAAGACGGACCCGAAGCUGGUGGCGUUGCUCAGGGACGGCGCCGGCGCGACCGCCGACCGCGCCCGCGACUUCUUCCUGACGCUGGCGGCCUGCAACACCAUCGUGCCCAUCGCCGACGACGCCGCGGCGGGGGAGAGGCUGCUGGAGUACCAGGGCGAGUCCCCCGACGAGCAGGCGCUGGUGUACGCGGCCGCGGCGUACGGGUUCACGCUCGUGGAGCGCACCUCUGGCCACAUCAUCGUCGACGUCUUCGGCACCAGGCAGAGCUGA